CGGCGCGGCCGCAGCGGCCGGACGGGGCAGGGACAGCGGCGAGCGGACCCAGAGCCGCCACCAUGGCCCGCGUUCUGCUCUUCCUCCCGCUCCUCAUCCUCAGCCGUGCCACGGCCGUGUCCAUCAUCACCCCUGGGCCGGCUGCCGGUCAGCGGGCGCUGCCGGCGCCGGCGGAGCCCGUCGCGCCGCGGGCACCGGGGGUGCCGUGCCAGACCCUUCUCCCCGACGCCCUGCCCGGCUUCUCGCGGCUGCCGCCGCUGCCCCGCGGCCUGGCCCGUGCCGCCCUGGCGCUGGCGCUGCGCGGGGCCGGCUGUGCCCCCCAGGCCGAGGCCGAGGCGCUGGAGCUGGCUCGGGAGCUGGGGACCCCCGCGGCCGCGGCGCUGCUGCGGGGGCUGGCGCGGGUACCGGGCGCCCGGGCGCCGCGGCCGCUGGCGCUGCUGCUGCUCAGCCUGGCACGGCCGGGGGGCUCCGCCUGCGUGGAUCCCACCCAAGCCCGCAGCCCCGCGCCCGGCACGGAGCCCACGCCACGCUUGGGCCAGGCCGGCCGGGAGCUGGCGGGGGUCCGGCCGUGCCGCGGUGCCGCGCGGCGGCGGCGGGAGGACGAGGACGCCUGCAGCCCGGCGGGGGAGCGCGAAGCCCACCGGGUGCUGGACUGGGUGCCGGGAGUCAGCGUCUUCUACAACCUGGGCACCAGCGUCUACUUCGCCUUCCAGGGCUGCGAGGCCGUGGCGUCCACGCGGGCGCUGCAGGCCGCCGAGGAGCUGGGCUACGCCGGGCUGGCCGCGCUCACCGGGGGUCUGGGGGGUCCCGUGGCCUUGGGGGUGCAGCUGGGGCUGCAGCCGGGGCUCAAGGCCGGCGUGCGGGCGCUCGUCGGGUACUUCACCUCGGCCGGGGAGCCCGCGCCGGUGCCCACUGCCCACAGCGGCGCCGUGGUCAUCGUCUGAAUAAAGGCCACGUGUGGCAGCCGGC